AUGAACAGCCCGCAAAUAUCUAUGUCAGAAAUUGAGUUCCCGGCUUGGUAUCAGGAUGAAGAAGUGCCGGUUACAAAACAAGAGAUUAAGGAUAUUUUUAAUGACUUGACGAGAAAGUUUGGGUUCCAACAGUCGUCGAAGGAGAACGUGUACAUCCACCUCUUGACGCAGUUAGACUCCAGAGCGAGCAGGACUACUGCACAGCAGGCGCUCAUAUCGCUUCAUGCCUCUUAUAUUGGGGGCGAUUGUUCAAAUUAUAAGAAAUGGUAUUUUGCCGCCCAACUUGAUUUAGACGAAGAGAUUGGGUUCCCAUACAUGAAACUACAUGGGAAGUCGAAGAAACGGAAUGCAAAGAUAGCGAGCGAAAAAGGGAUCUCAAUCAAGGAGCAACAGCGCCAGUGGAAGCUGAAGCAAGAGGAGUUCUUGGAGAAUUACCCCAAGAUUAUACUAUCAGAAAACGACCGCAAAACAGGUUCUUCUUACAAUGCCGCUGAUUACAAGUGGAAACUCAAGAUGAACUCGCUCACCCCAUCGCAGAUGGCUAGGCAGAUAGCCUUGUACCUUUUGAUUUGGGGUGAGGCAAACCAAUUGCGGUUUACACCGGAAUGUUUAUGCUUCAUCUUCAAAUGUGCAUUAGAUUACGACUCAAGCUUACAAGACGUGGAAGCCUCCACACAAGAAGAGUUCACAUUUUUGAACAACAUAAUAACUCCAAUAUACAAAUUCUUGAGAGACCAAGUCUACACGAUAGACUCACAAGGAAGGUUGACCAGAAAGGAGAAAGAUCAUAAAGAUAUAAUUGGCUAUGAUGACGUAAACCAAUUGUUUUGGUAUCCAGAAGGGAUUGAAAGAAUCAUACUAAGAUCUGGUGAAAGGUUGGUGGACCAUAAGCUAGAACAGAGAUACGGACUACUUAAAGAUGUAGAUUGGGAUGUCGUGUUUUACAAGACAUACUACGAAACAAGAACAUGGCUGCAUACACUGACCAAUUUCAAUAGAAUUUGGAUCAUCCAUUUUGCAUCUUUUUGGUUCUUCACCUCUUUCAAUUCACCAACAUUGUACACCAAAAAUUAUAUUCAAACGUUGGAUAAUCCACCAACACCACAGAGCAGGUUUUCUGCCAUUGCUUUAGGUGGUGCCAUUACCUGCUUGGUUCAAAUACUAGCCACACUUGCUGAGUGGAGCUUUGUGCCCCGUGACUGGCCCGGCGCUCAACACCUCUCAAAAAGAAUGGUUGGUCUACUAUUUUGCUUUAUAGUAAAUUUUGCACCAUCAGUUUACGUUUUUGGAUUCUUCGAGUUAGACGUCCACUCAAGAAGUGCUUACAUCAUCUCGAUAAUUCAAUUCACAAUAGCUAUAUUCACGACCGUUUUCUUCUCCAUUAAACCUUUGGGUGGGUUAUUUGGCUCGUAUCUUCAAAGAGGGAAAGCUAAAAGAACCUAUGUGUCAUCACAAACGUUUACAGCUUCAUUCCCGGAAUUAACUGGUAGAAGCAAAUGGUUUUCAAGAGGCUUGUGGUUCUGUGUCUUUUUAUGCAAAUUCAUCGAGUCGUAUUUUUUCUUAACAUUAUCUUUGAGAGAUCCAAUAAGGGCACUAUCCACCAUGGAUAUGUCAAGAUGUGUUGGUGACAGAAUCUUGGGCCGUUUCGUUUGUAAAUGGCAAUCGUCUAUCACGCUAUUUUUGAUGUUGAUAACUGAUUUAAUCCUUUUUUUCCUUGACACAUAUCUUUGGUACAUCAUCUGCAACUGUCUCUUCUCUAUAAUGUUAUCCUUCUCUCUUGGGACUUCCAUAUUGACACCAUGGAAGAAUAUUUACUCAAGAUUGCCCAGAAGAAUUUAUACCAAGAUAUUGGCUACAGCUGAAAUGGACACUAAGUUCAAACCUAAGAUAUUGGUUUCACAAAUUUGGAACGCUAUCGUCAUUUCGAUGUACCGUGAACAUUUGAUUUCAAUUGAUCACGUUCAGCGUUUACUAUUCCAACAGGUUGAAUCCACUUUCCACGAGGGAAGAGCAUUGAAGUCUCCAACGUUCUUUCUUGCACAAGAUGAUUCCAACUUCAAAUCCAUGGAGUUCUUUCCUAGGAACUCUGAGGCCAAAAGACGUAUUUCAUUUUUCGCCCAAUCUCUUUCAACUCCAAUUACUGAACCAAUUCCAGUUGAAUGCAUGCCGACAUUUAGUGUGUUAAUUCCUCACUACUCUGAAAAGAUCUUGUUAAGUUUAAGAGAAAUAAUUAAGGAGGAAUCGCCAAACAAUAAGAUAACCUUGCUUGAAUACUUGAAACAGUUACAUCCAACGGAAUGGGAAUGUUUUGUCCGUGAUUCCAAAUUGCUUGCCAUAGAAAAUGGUCAUCUAUCCAAAGAGAUUGAUGAACCCGAUUAUAACAGCAGCAACAACAAUAAUGAUGGUAGUAAUGUUGAAAGUAAUGCUAGUAAGAAAGAUGAUUCUUACAUUCAGGAGAAAAUUAGCGAUUUACCAUUUUAUUCUGUUGGAUUCAAUGAUUCAGAUCCUCGUUAUACGUUGCGCACAAGAAUAUGGGCCUCCUUAAGGACACAGACUCUUUACAGGACCAUUUCGGGGUUCAUGAAUUAUGGGAAAGCGAUAAAAUUACUUUACAGAAUCGAGAAUCCAUCCAUGGUUCACAUGUAUGCCGAUAAUAUCGAUGGCUUGGAAAGCGAAUUGGAAUCUAUGGCAAGAAGAAAGUUCAAAAUGGUGGUGGCUAUGCAGAGGUACACCGACUUCAAUCAAAGCGAAAGAGAAGCCGUGGACUUUAUUUUGAAAGUUUUCCCAUCCAUAUCCAUAUCCUAUUUGAUAAAGGAAAAAGAUCCUAACAAUGUUACUGGAGAACCUGUAUACUAUUCGUGUUUGUGUGAUGGAAUGUGCGAAGUUGAUGUGGUCACGGGCUUGAGAAAACCCAGAUUCAAGAUUCGGUUAUCAGGAAAUCCAAUUCUUGGUGACGGUAAAUCUGAUAAUCAAAACCAUUCUAUCAUAUUUUAUCGAGGAGAAUACAUUCAAGUCAUUGAUGCCAACCAGGAUAACUAUUUGGAAGAAUGUUUGAAGAUAAGAUCAAUAUUGAGUGAGUUUGAAGAAUUAGAAAUGGAAAACUUUAUGCCAUAUAUACCUGGCAUUGAGUAUAGUGAACAGUCACCCCCAGUUGGAAUUGUUGGAGCACGUGAGUACAUCUUUUCCGAAAACAUUGGUGUUUUAGGUGAUAUUGCUGCUGGUAAAGAGCAAACGUUCGGCACUCUUUUCGCCAGAACACUAUCCGAGAUAGGUGCCAAAUUACAUUAUGGACACCCUGAUUUCCUCAACGCUAUCUUUAUGACAACCAGAGGUGGUAUAUCGAAGGCACAGAAGGGGCUACAUUUGAACGAAGACAUCUACGCGGGAAUGAAUGUUCUUUGUAGAGGAGGUAGGAUCAAACAUAGUGACUAUUUCCAAUGUGGUAAAGGUAGAGAUUUAGGUUUUAAUUCCAUUUUAAACUUCACGACAAAAAUUGGUGCUGGAAUGGGAGAACAAUUAUUGUCAAGGGAAUAUUACUAUUUGGGGACGCAACUACCUAUUGAUAGAUUUCUAUCUUUCUUUUAUGCGCAUCCAGGUUUCCAUCUCAAUAAUUUGUUUAUUACCAUGUCUGUUCAACUUUUCUUUAUCUUGUUGUUAAACUUGGGUUCGUUAAACCACGAAGUCACAUCAUGUAUUUAUGACCACAACAAACCGAUAACGGACAUACCUACACCAAUUGGAUGUUACCAAUUAAAUCCUGUAUUGCAUUGGGUAACGAUCUUUGUUUUAUCUAUCUUUAUUGUUUUCUUCAUCGCAUUUGCCCCAUUAUUGAUCCAAGAACUUUUGGAAAAAGGUAUAUGGAAGGCAUUUUCCAGAUUUAACCAUCAUUUGGUUUCAUUAGCCCCUGUAUUCGAAGUGUUUGUGUGUCAGAUAUAUUCUCAUUCAUUAUCAGCAGAUAUAACUUUUGGUGAUGCCAAAUAUAUUCCAACAGGUAGAGGUUUCGCUAUUACUCGAUUAGACUUCCAUGACCUUUAUUCGAGGUUUGCAGUGUCAUCAAUAUAUUCCGGUUCUAUGGUCUUUUUGAUGCUAUUAUUUGCCACUUUAUCAAUCUGGCAACCAGCAUUGCUAUGGUUUUGGAUCACUGUGAUAUCGUUAUGUUUAGCGCCAUUCAUUUUUAAUCCUCAUCAGUUUUCUUUUACAAACUUCUUUGUUGAUUAUAGGAACCUUAUUAGAUGGUUUUCCGCAGGGAACUCCACAUAUGAACCAGUGUCGUGGGCUAAUUUUGUGAAAGAAAACCGUAGUAGAUUUACGGGGUAUAAAAGGAAGAUGAUUCAAGAUAAAAGCGAAAGUAAGAGUAAGACUCAAAGACGCCCACCUUUAACAAACCUCUUUAUUUCCGAAGUGCUAACACCCUUUUUCUUAGUUGUUUUCAGCUUAAGCGCUUAUUGUUUUAUAAACUCACAAACAGGAGUAAAGAAUGAACGCCCAACUCAAUUACUUAUUAGGUUGGCUAUCGUAACGCUGUUCCCUAUUAUUGGAAAUAUUGUUAGCUUGUCAUGCUUAUUCAUGCUUUCAUGCUUUGCAGGUCCUAUCUUAUCAUGUUGUUGUAUUCAGUCCAGUGGGACAACCGCAGCUAUUGCUCAUGGAUUUUCUGUUGUCCUUUAUCUUUUAGAUUUCGAGAUAAUGUGGUUCUUGGAAGGCUGGAAUUUCACUAGGACACUAGUGAUGACAAUCGCAGUGAUCAACAUACAAAAUUUCAUCUUCAAACUCUUUACCAUCGUGGUACUUUCCAGAGAGUAUUUAAAUAAUAAAUCUCAUCUUGCGUGGUGGUCUGGAAAAUGGUACAACACUAAAAUCGGAUGGUCUGUAGUUUUCCAGCCCGGAAGGGAGUUCAUUGUGAAAGUUAUCGAGUCGAGUCUUUUCGCUGCUGAUUUCAUUCUUUGUCACUUUUUGCUUUAUGCACAAACGCCGAUUAUCUUGAUUCCAUUCAUUGAUUAUUGGCACAGCACCAUGCUCUUUUGGUUACGCCCGGGUUCAUUUCUAUCAAGGACGACAAUAUACUCCGCGAAGCAGAAAAAAAUAAGACGUUCCAUAGUAAGGCGUUAUUUCCUCCUUUACGUGUUGAUAUUGAUUAUAUUUUUAACCCUAUUGGUUGUACCGAUGGUGACCCAAAGUUACCUACCUAUUGGUGAAGAGUUAUUUACAGAUGAUCUAUUAAGCGGAUUGAUACAGCCGCGUAAACAGGAAAACAACGACACUGGUCCAAACGCCCCAUCUACCAUUUUAAGAACUACACCUCAAAGGCCCGUAUUCAAGACGGUAGCAUAA